CUCAUGAUACCGGUUGGUAUUUUCUUCAUCAUCUGGUCGCCGGUCGGCUCCCUGAUGAUUUAAAGGUGUUUCACUGGUUUAUCACCAGAUGCUGGCUCUCACGUGACUUGCGUAGCUCCGAUGUGCUCCACCCACGGAUCUCUGGAUCCUGUCGAACGCAUGAGCUCGGCAACCCAUUAGUUUUCCAUCUCUAGUCUUCAAACACAUGCUGCGUUUUGGAGAUGGCAACUAUAGUGGGGACCUGCCCUUUGUUUCUUUCAUCACGCGUCUUCUAUAUAGGUUGCACUUCGACUUGCGUGACAAGGUAACCCUAAGCAAUGUGCUCGAGGAUUUGCGCCCAAAUCACAUUAUCGUUCGUUUGGAUGCUGAUGUUGGUCGUCGUAAGCUGGUCACUGGCUCAGGGGGAGGAGCUGGUAGUUUUCUUGCCAGUUCAGAGGAAACCUCCCUUGAUCAGGUCCCAGCGCUGGUUCCGGCGUUAAUCAGUGCUGCCGUUUUGGCUAUUGAUGCUGAAGUUUUGAAAAUCAAAACUUCUGGGACAGAUCAAGAUGAUUUGAGCAGAGCCUCGAUUAGGUUGAUGGUGUGCAAAGAACGGCUGGAACUUAUGCAAGCACCUCAAGGAGAUCUGGAGGAUGAGGCUGUGCCUGCUCCAGAGAACUUUGAUCCUAUGUCCUCGGAUUCUAAGAAUGAUGAUGACAUUUCAGACUAUGAGUCUCCACCGAAAUACCCCUUCUAGAUCUAGGAGAGAUGUCCUUAGCUUAGGGGGAGCAGACUUUGUCAAAUAAGUUUAUAGUGUCAGU